GCAGCUCAGAGUUAUUCCGUCAGUCAGAAACAAAGCACCCGAGGAAAGCAAAGGAACCAAACCAAAGCCCCAGCUUUGGCCUUUUUGACUGGCUGUUGCUGUUUGUUCCUUCCCCUGUUUUUUUUUUUUUUUAUUUUUCACUGUCUGCCUCUCUCUUUGCGAGCUUGCAUGAGAAGUAAUAAUUACUAUGAUCAGUCAAUUCGAGAUCUGAAUGAAGUUCGUCAAGAAGCAGAAGCAAGAGCUUGCAUGACACUCAAUGGCUCCACCACAGCUGCAGGAAGGAGGAUGGCCUUUAGGGCUGCAGCCGGUGAAUGUCAGGGCGGGGCUGAGUUUGGGAACACAUAGAGAAUUGCUUUCCCGUGGGUCCGUUUCGCUCAACACCCCUCUCACAGCUUCACCGACUCACUCACCUUCGACAGGCUCUUCUUCUUCCUCGGAUUUGGAUUCAGAGGAGAGGAACAUAACAUUCGGGAGGCUGAUCGGAGCUUCGAGCACUCUAGACCUCUCCAAAAGAUCAUCAGCGAGCAGGAGAUCAAGCCUCAAGAGUUCACAAAAACCCAACAGAAACUCCAAACCGAACCUAUUAUGGUCCUUCUCGACAUGCUGCAGGGACAGCAGCGAUGUGGAGGUUGUGAAGAAUUACAGUACUGCCACUGCCGGGGCUCCACCUCUGAGCCAUCUCCUUGCUGUGGAGAGGGGAAAAUCAGUUCGACGGUGGAGGAGGGGUCAGCUGGGCCGAGGUGAGUAUUAUGGGCCGUAUGAUGGGCUUGGGCUGACCGGGCUUACGCCUCCGGAGUCCAACACGCUGUUCGUGGACGGGCGCAUUGCUCCUCCUCCCAGAUCAAGUCCUUGGUCGGGCUCGGAUGGCGAUCAAAUGAACGACACGGGAAGUUCAGUGAUCUUCUCGUGGAUCUGCAGUAGACAGUCUUAGCCUCUUUUAUUGCUCUGACAACUGCUCUUCUCGUCUUCUGAAGAACACCGCAUGACCACAUGUUGUUUGUUACGAGACAACUUAUAACUAGUCGUGACAUUGAUUUCCAAAAAUAAAAUUGACAUGAUUAAUGUAUUGAUAUAGAGGCAAAACGCAUGCCGUGAGUUACUACCGCGCGACCGAAUCGAAUCAAUUAUUGAAGGAUGGAA